AUGGAGGAAUAUGGGUUGGGUGAUAAUGGUUGGUUUCGUUACUUGUUUGAGUCCCGUACAUUUUGGGCAUCUCCAUACUUUCACGACGAGUUUAUGGCGGGUUUGCGAUAUGCCCAAGCAAAACUAAAUACUGAUUGUGAAGCUUGUUUUCUAGUGUUGAAGACACCAUUGGCGUUGGAGCGGCAUGCCAUGAGUGUUUACACAAUUUCUGUGUUUUAUGAUGUUCAAGAGGAGAUUUGUGCGGCUUGUUUUUCUUGUCAAGUAGUGUCUUUGAGUGAUUCUGAUGGUCACGUGUCUUACGUGAUAAAAGAUGAUCGUGGUCUUGAGAGUAUUCCUUCUUGGUAUUUGGUGCAUCGGUGGACAAAGGGUGCAUGUUUGCACCCAAUAUUUGAUAUUGAUGGUACAGUUGUUGAUCAAUCUGCGAAAGUGGAGAACGUUAGCCUGCUUACUAAUCUUAUGUGGUCUGAUAUUUAUGCUUGUGUGGGGUUGGCUGAUGGUAAUAUUGACCGUUUGUCACAGAUACGAAGCGUUAUUAAUGAGCAAAGGAAAUUAUUUCUUCAAGAUGGGAGUGAGAAUGGCAGUAGCGUGGCUGUUGGUAGCAAGCAAAGUGUGAUUAAUUCGUUUUGUGGGUCUGUGUCUAAGGCCUCUACAGUGGAAGUGCACGACCCUGUCAAAGCUAAGAACAAGGGUAGUGGUAAGCGAUUGAAGAGUGCAAGGGAGAGAGCUGCAAGCAAGUGUGCAAAGCAAUCAAGGAGAUGCCACACUUGUGAUGAAUAUGGCUAUAAUAGUAGGACAUGUCCUUUAAAUAAUUGA